GAGGCUCACGCAAUAAAAACUUUAUAUCACCGAAGCUACCGCGUACAGCAUUAAGGAUAAUUCCGCGUUAUUCUACACGCUAAAUAUCCCGCCAUGGGAGUAACUUACACUAUCUCUGUGAUUCUUGUCGGUGUUUUGGUGGGGCUUGAAAUUCUUGAGGCCAGCUUGAUGUUAUCCGGGCCGGCCUCACGGACGAAAUCUCGCUCUUUCGACGUCCUGAGCACCGGUUCGCUUAAGCACGGAGUUAUCGCCUUGUCAGAGCGGGGAUCCAAGCAACGGUGCGCGGCCGCUUGCGCGGCAGUGGCCGGUUGUGCACAAUUCUGCUACGCUUCGACGACCAGACGUUGCGUGCUUGAAGACGCUAGCGUGGCAUCUGCGUCCAGAAAUCCGAAGGACACUACGUGUUACUUAAAGAAUUCGGAUUGCAUGAGCACUUUCACGAGCGGCAGUUAUUUCAAACAGGUCUUCGACCUUCCUCCUUUUGGCGGGAAAUUUGUGUUGGAUUUCUCUGCCAAGGUGAUGCAAGACGCCAUAGUCAGUUUAUCUACCAACAACACGAAGGAGGGCAUCAAGUAUGAACUGGUUCUAGGGCACAAUGGCAACUCCAAAACCACCAUCCGCAGAACCUGGCAAGGCGCCAACCUGCACAUCGUGCUGGCAACCAAGGGAGGUGUGGUCAGCGCCCUGGAGAUGAGACGCUUCUGGCUCCGCUACGAUCACGGCACCUUCGCUCUGGGGAAGCACAGGGAGCCGGCGUACUUCGAAUGGACCGAUCCAUUACCCCAGACCACCCCUGUCCGGUUCAUCGGCUUGGGCGGCUGGGCUGAUACCGUUGAGUGGAUUGUCUACGGUAUUUGUCCAUAAAGCCUGAUUAAACGCAGAAUUUAAAACAGGGCGGGUGAGCUAUGGAAUUGUGACCCCCACAGCAUCUAGCCAGUACGUUUGUCUCAUGGUUUGCCAGCUUACUGUCCCAGUUUGCAGUUUUUGCCCGAAGUCCAAAUUGCAUACAACACCGACUACCGGUAUUGGUGUUAACAGUCUUACUUUAUGUCUGUUAGUUUAUGUAUAAGUAAGUACGGUAAACGCAUCACCAUAACCUCUAGUUUAAAGAUUUGAAAGUACAUGUAAUUAUGCGUGACUAACACACCAAGGACUUGCGGCAGUACCAAGAGAUACUUUCCUUUUAAGAGUAUAGGCCUAUUCUAAUUAAAAAUAACCAAAACA